CCAAACUCAUUUCCCAACCUAGCAUCGUGAACAUUCUUUCUAUUUCGUGUUUGGUUGAAGACGGUUGUCUGCUGUUAAAGGCAUAGCUCCCAAUUAGGUUUCAAAAAUGUCUGAAACUCUUCAGUUGAAAGGUACCCUGUUGGGGCACAGUGGAUGGGUUACCCAAAUCGCCACAAACCCUAAAUAUCCCGAUAUCAUCUUGUCUUCGUCAAGAGACAAGACUUUGAUCGUAUGGAAGUUGACACGUGACGAAACUCAAUACGGUAUCCCCCAGAAGCGUCUUUAUGGUCACUCCCAUUUCAUCUCCGAUGUUGUUUUAUCCAGUGAUGGUAACUACGCUCUUUCUGGCUCAUGGGACAAAACUUUGAGGCUGUGGGAUUUAGCUGCUGGAAAAUCUACAAGAAGAUUCGAGGAUCACACAAAGGAUGUUUUGAGCGUUGCUUUCUCCGUUGACAACAGACAAAUUGUCUCCGGUUCACGUGACAAGACCAUCAAAUUGUGGAACACCCUUGCUGAGUGCAAAUACACAAUUCAAGAAGAUGGUCACUCCGAUUGGGUAUCCUGUGUUAGAUUCUCUCCUAACCACUCCAACCCUAUUAUUGUAUCUGCUGGUUGGGAUCGCACUGUUAAGGUAUGGAAUUUGACCAACUGCAGGCUAAAGAUUAACCAUUAUGGACACCAUGGUUAUCUUAACACCGUAACCGUUUCUCCUGAUGGUAGCCUUUGCGCUAGCGGUGGUAAAGACUGCAAAGCCAUGUUGUGGGAUUUGAAUGAUGGAAAACAUUUACAUACUUUGGAACACAAUGACAUCAUCACUGCCUUGUGUUUCUCACCUAACAGAUACUGGUUGUGUGCUGCUUACGGUCCAUCCAUCAAAAUCUGGGACUUGGAAAGCAAGGAAUUAGUUGAAGAACUGAAACCCGAAGUAGUUUCUCAGACGAGCAAAGCUGAACCCCCUCAAUGUUUGUCUUUGGCUUGGUCCACUGACGGACAGACACUCUUUGCUGGUUAUUCUGAUAAUAUUAUCAGAGUAUGGCAAGUCAGCAUCUCCCAUUAAGUUUGUGAUUUUAUAAAUAAGACCAAAUAAAGUGGAGUUUUAUUCCA